UGAGAACAAACAUGUCAUUUCGUGAUAUCCAGAUAAGAAGCAAAUAACAUUUUCUGGAUAAAGUCGGACUGUGCAAAGUGGCAAUCAUGUCCUGUAUUAGUAGAUUAUUAUUAAACAUGAAACUCAUUCAACUUAUCUUCAUCUUCAUCAGCAUUUCAUUGGCAGCUGGUAUAACCGGGCCAAAGCAAGUAUUUGGAACGGUAGGAGAAACGGUCACCAUAAGAUGCCAGUAUCAUGCCUAUUACAAAAACUACGCAAAGUACUUGUGCAAGGGGUCCAGCUGGAGAUCGUGCAGUGUUAUUGCCCGUUCAAACAACCAGCAGGAUGGCACAGACAAAAGAAUCACAAUUAUGGACAACCAAACCACUGCAGAACUUUUCAUUACCAUGACCCAACUAACAAUCAGGGACACAGGGCAUUACUGGUGUGGUAUUACAAGCUUCGGUUUUGACAAAAUGGCUGAGUUACACUUGAAUAUUACAGAAGCUCUGACAACACCUUCACCUACACUGCCCUAUGAAGUUCAGGGAACAGUUCAACCGCCAAGUCAAAGUACCACAAAUUUAUCAGUCUCUCUGGGAAUCAUGUUUGGAAUUGUGAUUAUCGCUGCUGUUUUCAUCAUAAGAUAUAGAAAAUAUUCAGCAGUGGGUGAGAAAGGAUUCAGAUACAUUGGGGAAGAGACUAAUUCAGUCACUACUUCUGGGUCCUCUAGGGAUGAAGGAGGAAGUACCACGAGUGGCACGACAACAACCAAAUCCAGCACUGAGACACAAGACGGCCUUUGCUAUGUUCAUGAGACGUCUGUCCACGAAAAGGAGGAGAACUUCUAGUCACAGCACUGCUCAAUAUUCAGGAUUGAUCCAUUCUCAACAAAAUGGACUGCAAUCAUAAUGCUUCUGUAAUUGAUACUUUAAACCUUCACGUUAUAUUUAUCAGAUCACAUGUUAAUGUGCUUCUUCAUCUCAGUUGGCACUUCCUCAGCCGGGUAUUGAACUAUAAGCCCAGAUAUCUUGUCAGUGUUGUUAAGAGACAAAUCUUCCUCAUUUGUGUACUGCAACCUGUUGAGCACUUUUUCAGCAGUAGGAGUAAACGCUCUACACUAAAACAACUGAAGAGGUUCAGUGAAGAGCAAUUUGUGGAUUCACUCUCUAACAGAGCCAUCAAUCAUUUUUAGUUUUAUAGAGGAAAUGCCGUCAAAAGCCUCAAUGGAGCUUCUUUUUAAAACAAUUGCAACACCAGAUGUUUGUGAAAGCCCCAUUGGGCUAUUAUGCAAUUCAUCAAAUAAUUACUGUUUCACAAGUAAUGAUGAGGAAAAAAGUGUAAAAACAUUAAAUGUGUUUGUUAAUAAACUGCCUUUAAAACAA